GCCUUGCCUGUGUUUGAUCGGUUGAUGUGAGGCCAGGAGACCGGCGAGAAUAUUAUACCAACAAAAUUCUGCGUCUGAGUAGUGGAUAAGAAAAAAAAAACGAAAUAAACUAGUUCAACUUUGACCUUGGAUUAUAAUUAUAAGGAAUAAACUGUUGAGAGGUGGAGAUAAUAACGAAAAAAAUUAUACGUACAAUGAUCGUACACAGGACUUCGUAUUGAUCGUCAGUCUGAGUUUGUUUUCGGUGUCUAGUUGUUGUACGAUGUUGGUCGUAAAACUAUUCGGUGCGGUCGCACUUUUUGGCCUUUCGGCCAUUGUCGACGUGUCGGAUGCAUUUAAAACUGUGUGCUAUUACGAUGGAAGAGCUCUUUGGAGAAAAGGUACCUACUUAAUCGAUUAAAUAAAUAAUUUACUAAAUGAUUGCAAAUUAAUAAGUAUAAUGUAUGUAAUAUUUUGUAGCCAUUUGAUUUUUACCAAUAAUGUUUAUCGUGAGUUACAAUAGCUACGGAAUGUCUUUAAAAUAAAAUAAAAUCUUCUUUCAAUUACUUAUUUCAAUUUUAUUAAUAUUUAUCUUAGUAUUUACCUAUUUUAAAACUAGAUGGACUAAUUCACUAAUAGUGGGUUUCAUUUUAUUAAUAAAGUGAAAUCUAACCGACACACGCAGCGAGUAAAACAUUUAAAUUGUUAUUUUUCGAUAACCAUCAUUGAACCACAUUUUAUAAACAUGAUAUUAUAAGUUUUUAAUAAUUUCUACCACUGCGAACUCAAAAUUAAAUGUUGAAUAUCUUGAAUUUUAAUUUAUUUUCUUCAUAAUGAUUGCAAUUUGCAUUUUAAAUUUCAGAAAAAAGUGGACAAUUCAGUACAAGGUUACUUAAAUGUCAAUUCAAAAAUAGUAGAAAAGUAGCUUUUAUUACAUGUUUAUUAAUAAUAUUUGAAAAUGUAUGUAUAUUAAAAAUAUCAUGAUACCUACUGCGUUUUUUCUAAACGUUAAAUUUGUUAUUGUGUUUUAUUUUGUGUAAGUAACCUUAAGUGACAAUAAUAUAAUACGUCUCCUGCAAUAUGCCAGAAAAGAAUAUAACAUUAAUAUAUUGUAUUUUAUUUAUUAAAAUAUAUUUUUGUUGAUAGCUAGGGGUUAUUGUUCAUUUUAGCUAUUGGCACAGAUCAUUUAUAAUCUUGGCCAUGGAAAUGUCUUCUAAUCAAUUGUGGAACCAAUUUAAAUAUAUGAAUAUGUCAUCUUCUUUAUUGUACAAUAAAUAAAGACCAUCAACAUUAAUCAUGUUGUCCCCUGUUGAUCUAGUUGGUUAUACUUACACAUAGUUGGUGAUGUUUUUUUUAUUUCAUUUUUUAUUCUCUUUUAUUUUAGAUUCCAAUCGUAGCGAUGGGGAGCUAUUGGUUUUACAAUGCUAUUUUUUUUUUCUUCUUUGUUCUAGUCUGUGGACACGUUUUUUUCGUAGUAAGCUUGCUCCGAUUUGUACGUGUAGCAACUUUUCUGAAAGCUCAAGUUGUCUAGACGAUACUUAUUUUUUAUUUUUUUUGAUUAUCGACGCCAUUUUUUUAAACAAAAGCACUUAAGUGGGAAAAAACGUACAAUUUCACGAUUUCAUUAUUUGAUAAAAACACGGAAGAUGUUUUUUACUAGACAAAAUGAUUUAAUCGAAAAAUCACAAAAUACCUUUUUUGUUACCUUUUUGAUUUAAAUUCUUAUGGUAUUGUCAAAACUUUUGAGCUAUCUUUAAGCUUUUGCCAAACGACAAGAGACCAUAUUUAUGUUAAAUUAUGAAUAUUGUUUUUAAUGAUGCAGUUCGUUUUUUUUUUAUUUUCGAAUUAGUUUUUAUAAUAAUCGGGAAAAAACGUAGGGAGGUUAGGUUAAAAAAAAUUACGGCACUUCAAAUUAUGUAUUACCGAACUGCGCUCGGAAUCGUUUUUCGUCAGCAAUGGUUUAUCGUUGCUUAUAUAUAUAAAUGAAAUAACCUUAUUAUAUACCUACCUUCCUAACUUCUCACCUGUAACAGUGGUCACACUCGUAUCCAGUAUCAGCUCUUUUUAUUUUUGUUGUUCUAUUAUUUUGACAAGCUCGGUUUUUAGAACCCUUCUAUUGGCUGUGCUAUGAAUGUAAAUAAAUAAAAUAAUAGCUAAAAUGAUUAAUUAUUUGGCAACUGUAGUUACCUAUUAUAAUUUAAUAAUUUAUUAUCUGGUUAUAAUGGUUUUGAAUAUUUUAUUAGAUUUAAAUAUAUUAUUUAUCUGCCUAUGCAAUUCUAAUUGAUUGCAAUUCCUCUGUAAGAUUAGAAAUACAUUAGGUAAUGCCUACACAUUUUUCAGUAUUUUUAUUUCUGAUAUUAAUCUACGAUUCCGAUGUAUUAUAUUACCUAUACUUACUGCAGUAUUAUCUAACGAACAAUUUUAAAAGUUAAUUAAAUUCCAUUACCAAAUUAAUUACCUAUAGGUACCGCAAAUAAAUAUUUUUAAAAAUUCCAAAUAUCUACAUUCAAUACUACCUGUUUGCCUUUAAAGUUAUUCGAGUUUGGGAAAAAAUAUCCUUAUACUUAUACGUUUUAUUAAUUAUUACGGUAAUAUAAGUUCUUAGUGAACAAUUAUAGUAAUUCGUGUUUAGAGUGGAUACCUAUUACAUAAAUUUGAAUAAUUACUUAUGAGCAUUUAAAUAAUGAUAUUAAUUAUCAUUGUUAUUACAAAUGUCAUCAAAUAUUAAUAAAACUAUUUUUAAAUAAUGUAAUAUUCAUUUUAUAGUGAUUAUGUUUGUAUACAGACUGUCCCAUUCUCAAAAAAUUAUUAUUUUCAAUUCAACAUUAAUUGUAGUAAGUACUUAAUCAAGUAAUUUUAAUACUGAAACAUCGUUUUUUAGAUUUUGAAUUACACAAUAGAUAUUUUUUUUUCUUUUAAUUGAAACCUUAUAAUCUUUUGUCUAUAUCAUUUAUAAUGUAAGCACAUAAUGAUAAUUUUAAAAAUACCUAUAAAAUAUAAUUAUUAAUUAUAUUAUAUAAUAUUGAUAUUAUAUUAUCUAACUAUAUAUUGUUCUUUUAUCUUAUCACAGUCAGAAAUUCCAAAUGUAGGUUCAUAACAAGCACACCUACAGGUUUAAUAAGAUAAACAUAUUAUAGAAUAAUGAUAUCGAUUAUUCUAAUAAUUAAAAGUGCAAUUUUUUUUUUUUUUAUAGGUCAUAUUAUUAAUUUCUCAACAUUCUGCAGUGUGUGGUUUUAAAAAUAUUCGCUCACUGUCAUCAUAUGGUAAACCUACUGUAGGUAUCCAAUUAUUAUAGAUAGCUGUCUCGAAUAAUAUUGCCCAUGACAAAUUAAUUACCUGUAUAUUCAGUGUUUAUUUCUUACUUUAUUUCCCUGGUAAAGGAGGGGGGAUAUGCCAUAGAAGCAAAUAAUAAAGGGGAUUAAAAAGAAAAGCUUUUUUAAAAUAUUCAGUACAAUACUAAAUUGCAUAAAAUAAUUAAUUUGUAGUUUUUAUUUACAUAAAAUAUAACUGUAACUAUCCAAUGGCUGACAUCCUAAAAUCAUUUUUAGUUCAAUUUUAUUGAUAUGAGAUAGAUAUCUACAAAAACAUUUAUUUUCAAGAAGAAAACACUAAUUUUGGUAAAUUUUUUAUACUUAAAAAAAAAAAUUAAAUAAUCGAUAUUUAGUCAUAUUUUUAAUAUCAUUUCAUUUUUAUCUUAGUAAUAUAUUUGUAUUAUAUUUAUGUUAUUGUUAUUAAGUGUUUAAUAAAUUUAAUUUAAUUAAUUUUGCACUGCUUUUGACGUGCGCGCAAAUCAGCUACAGUAGGACCUCGCUGGUCCGACUUAUAUGGGACCAAGGGCAAUCAUAUUAACAGAAUUUGCAUUAUUAUUGAGAGUUUGACCAAAAAAAGAAACGACGUGCGUGCCUUUUACCACUUUAGACUUUGCGGACAAAUUAUGGAUAACACAAUUACCAUAUAAAUAAACUGAUUAAAUUAAAUUAAUUUAUCUGACGACAAAUUAAGAACUGACGAGUGAUGAGAAUAUAUCAUUAUUAUGAUACAUAUCUUAUGUUAUUUUGUUGGGAAAAUUUUUAGAAAUAAAUAACCGAUUUUCAUCAAAAUCGGGAAAAUAGACAGUUUUUGAGAUAUUUGCUGACAUUCAAACAAAAGUUCCUUUUGUAUACCAAGUAUCCCACGAAGAUAUAAACUUUACGGUAUCUCGAAAAGUAUUAAAUUUUUUUGGAUAUUUUUUUAUCAAUUUAAUAAACAAUUAUCUAUAGAACAUUAGGUAUAUUAUCAUUAUUUCUUGUCACACUUUUAUUUAUUCUUUGAGAGGCGGAGAUGAAACGACUGUCUAUUUUUGAUUUUAAAAAAGCAACCUAUAUUUAACAUUACAUAAAUAUAUAGAUUUUUAAUUUGAAUAUAUUUCGCUGUUGAAAUUUUUAAUUUCUUGUCAACCCGUUGACGAGAUAUUUCACUUUUAAGCUUGGGUAGGUGGAGAGUAGAUCACUAUUCGUGCGCCGUGCCACCACAAUAAUGUUUCAUUACUCUCCCCUUGUUAAAAUUUAAAAAUGAAAUAUCUCGUCAGCGGGUUGAUGGAAAUCAAAAAUGUCAACUCCGGAAUAGUAUUGAAAUUAAAUAAUUUAUUAUUUGUAUAACUAUUUAUUAUUUUUGUUUCAACUGCAGAAUGGAAUUCUCAAUCGAGUUAACAAACAAAUAAUUAUGCUCGCAAUUCAUACUCUAGGUGAUGUUAAAUUUAUAUACUUAAAAACCACGAAAUAAACGUGUAUGUUACAGAUACACAUCAACAUGUAACAUGUAUGUGUAUACACGUUACUGAUUUUCUAAUAAAACAAAAAUGAAUGUUUAAUAAAAAUAAUUAAAGGUUGUCAGCUUUAUAUCAUAUAUAGAUUAUAAAUAUGGAAUUUAUUUGUGUCGGAAACUUUUGCAAAAUAAAUAAUAAUCAUAUUUAGCUACUUAGAUCGAUAAUCUAUUGUGUCAUUUUCGUUUUUGCUAAUAUGACCGUCCGAAUCCCCGUAUAUUUGAUACGAAAACAUGCCUCACGGGAAAAACUCCCAUGCCUUGUAGAAUAGUUAGAUUUAGAUGUUAUUUUUGUUUUUAAUUAGAUAAAGGAAGAUAUUUUUGUAAGUUCCAUUGAACUCCGAUUUUCAAAAUUCUUAAAAACUGUAUUAAGCGUCUGAAAAUUCCAAUUUGUGUUAUUUUUUGAUCUGUCAAAUAGAAAUAAUGAACAGAUAGAUGGUAAAGGUAUUUAAAUUAGAGUGUUUUAUGAGGCCGUGGGAAUUUUUCGCCGUUAAAACGUUUUUACCCAUAAAAACGGUCAGUAUCGAGUAGUAGAUUAAUAAUGGAAACAUUUUAAGACCAUCAUCAGUGGCGGAUCCAAGGGAGGAGCAUUUCCCCUCUGUUCACUUUCCAAUAUACUAUUAGAUUAAUUCAUCAUUGAACUCAUCAUAAAUUCGUGUAUUAUGUGCAGAAUCGCCCCCUCCCGUUAUCUUGUCCUAGAUCCGCCCCUGGCCGUCAUUAAAACGUUAGAAAUGAUUUUUAAAUUGUAAACAAUUUGAAGACAGUCUGGAAAAAACGGGGUUAUUUGUGAUUGGAAAAUCGUUUAAUAUAAUAGGGCGAAAUUAAAUAUCAAUAGCGACAGAUUUGAUUUAAAAAUUACCACUUACUGCACCUACGUACCUACUAACUACGUCAUUCGUGUUUUCAGACGUCGUCAAAGUAGGCGCCGAGGAGCUGAAACCCGCUCUGAGUUACUGUACACAUUUAGUGUACGGUUAUGCUGGUAUCGACGAUGAUAAAUUCAAAGCGAUCUCUUUGGAUCCAAAAUUGGACUUGCCCGAGAGCAAAGAUGUCAAAGGCGGAAAGGGUAACUUCAAGGCCAUAACGGCUCUGAAGAAAGCGUAUCCCAGUCUUACGAUUUUACUUUCGGUCGGCGGCAACGCCGAUAUCGAAGACCCCGACAAAUAUCUGACUGCCGUGAGUUUAUCUUUUGGGGUGACGUACGACUAUACCUACACUGGGAACGUAUAUCCUUAGACACGUAUGUCGGACGACAUGCGUAGUCAAGGGAAUUACCUACACUGGAUACGGAUGUUGUCCGACAUCGAACACACUUGUAUCCGAACGCUCUCAUAUUUCACCGCUGUUUCAAAGACCGAUAACUUUUCAGUUUAGAUGUCAUUAGUCAAUCAUUAGUGAAGUGUCAAGUGUACAUUACAAAUGAGUGACUCCAAGGACGAUCUUACUUUAUGGUUAUUAACAGAAACAGUUAGGCUGUUAAAAAAAAAAAAAAAAAAUUUGGAUACAAUUUGAUUAAAUUAGAAAUAACAGCGAAUAUUUUAGGACCGGUCUGCCCCUCCAAGAUUACCCAGACUAGUUUUAUUUUUAACAAAUUUUACACAAGUCUGGAUUUCCCUUCACCAGUUCAAUUAAAAAGUCCGUGUUCUUAUAAAAAUGAUAAAAUAAGUUUAAAUAAAUAGAUACGCACUGAUCCAAACGCACGUGUCGGACGACAUUCGUUGAAAAACAAAAUGAUUUGAUUUUCAACCGACGGUCUAAAGCUGUCGGAACGGGUCGGGCGACGUACAUGCUGCCGUUCCGUCGCACUGUAGGUGGCCUCACUUGAGCGCGGGUAUUUGUUUCCCAUCAGACGUCGGGCGACGUCGUCUGACAUACGUUCCCGGUGUAGGUACAGCUUACCACGUACACGUUCGCCUAAUUGAACAACAUUGCAAAUUGAAUGCAACACUUACAAAUAAAUAACGUAAUAUUUAACAUAAUAAUAUGUAUUGGGCAGCUGGAGACUCCGAAAUCGAGAACCAAAUUCGCGUCCACCAUAUCGGAGAUGGCGAAAGAGAACGGUUUCGACGGCGUGGAUUUGGCAUGGCAAUUCCCAGUGGUCACUGAAAAAAAAGAGAAAAACACAUGGGGUAAAGUCACGCUUGAGCGUUAAGCGUUACAUUAUAGCGGAACUUAUAAUAUUUACGCGUUGUUUAACGAGUUCCAACGUCACGUUUUUAAUUUUUAGGCUCUUUCAUUCAUAAAAUCGCCAAAACCGUGGGUAUCACUAGCAAGGAUAACAAGGAAGCCGAGCACAAGGAACAAUUCACUGCACUGGUACGCGAAGUCAAAGGCGUGUUGAAUGCCAACAAUUGCCCUUACCUGUCAGUCAGCAUUCUGCCUCAUGUCAAUUCUUCAGGUACACAUCUUUAUAAAAUUCUAUUUAGAAUAACGAUUAAAAAACGACCGAUUGCUCGCAUCAUAAUAAAAAGUAGACCCUAACGUAGUACCCUUAAUUUUGUGCAUUGGUAAAAAUAGAGGAAAGGUUUGGAGUCUCUCGACUUUUCCCCGGAAAACUCAACCAAGUGCCCAAAAUAAAGUGCUCCUCGAGUAAAUACUAAGUAUAGGUACACAAUUAAUAUAAUGGAAGCUUCAGCUUCUCCAAAAAUAUUUGGACUAUUUGUAUGCCUGUGAUUUUUUUAUAAGGUUUGAUUUCAAAUAUCGUUGUCUCUCCUGCCAAAAGGACUUGCGCACGCUUAUAUAUAAAUAACUAUUGUAAAUACCUAAUGUUGUAUUGUGCGUGUAUAUAGAUUUUUACAAACAUAAAUUUAAAACAAUAUUUUAAUAAUUUCGUUAUAUUAUUCUAUUUUCGACCUUAAAAAAACUAUGUUUGAAAAUCACUAAAAAUCGCGUAAAUCAUAGAGCCCGGUUUUUUUUAUCAGAGUCCGUGGAUCUCGAAUCCGCGUGUCACCGACACGACUUCUAACGUGAUUAUUGUAUUGACAAUUACAGAAAACGAAUUCUACACGAAUAUACAAUUUAAUAUUAUAAUUUUAAAUAACGGACACGAUCAGCUCGGACGCGGACUCUGAUGAAAAGUUUGACGGGCAGAAACCGCGCUUGAAUUUCGCAAUUAUAUACACAUAACUUAAUACACAUAACUUCGUUCAGAAUGGUAUUUUGUUUGCGACGAUUUAUCGUCACAUGUUCGGGAUUUCGACCAAAGCGAUCAAUUUUCCGUGUAUAAAUACACCGCGCUCGUAUACUAUCUCGGAAAAUGUAAUAAUAUUGAUUUUUUUUUCUCCCGUCCCCAGUGUAUUUCGAUUUCCCAGGACUGCAGAAGUACGUGGACCACUUCACCCUGAUGGUGUACGACUUCCGGACGUCGGACCGCGUGCCCAAGCUUGCCGACCACGCGGCCCCAUUCAGGUUCGUGUACGCUGACCGGCUGGCCUGGCAGAACAUCGAGGCGCAAGUCAACAAAGCCGUCGCCCUGAAAGUGGACCGCACCAAGUUGGUGUUGGGCAUCUCCACGUUCGGCCGCACCUGGGUGAUGGACAAAGACAGUGGGAAAUCUGGCGCACCGCCCGUGAACGCCGACGGGCCCGGCGAAGAAGGCACGUACACGAAAACCGAAGGUCUGCUGGCCUACUACGAGAUCUGCCCGCACCUGGUCGAAAGCACCGCGGCCACCACUUCGCUCACUCUGUAUAGGUAAGUGCGCGCACAGUGAAUUCGGGCGCCGAUACUUCGGCAAAAUGAUUCUGCUUCGCUUUUUUAAGUUCGUUUCCUUUUUUUCGCCGUCGUCACUUUCACGUUGUACCCGCACUUGUUCACGCCUCGAAUCAAUAAUUACUGUUUUGAAGACAUGUUCAAUGAGAUAUAGGUAUAAUAUGUAGUCUCAAAUUAUAAUCGUACGCCAUUAAAACAUGCCAAGCAGCUGUAUAACGACCGUGUAAAUUGGUUUACGUAUACAUGCUUCGGUUUUCUUUCAGUCAUCGUUUUUAAGUAGUAUCCGGUUUCAAAUAUUUUUACAAUUUAAUUAUAGGCUGGCUCCAAAAAGUCGCAAACACUUUAUAAUGACGUGUAAUAUAUUAUUUAUUAUUUAUAUUUAUUUGAAAAUGUAAGAUAUCAAUUUAAAAUUAAAUAAAAUACAUUCAACUUUUUGUUAGUAGAGGGCUCUCUAGCCAUAGUCCCCACCCUAGCCCGUAUUUUUUGUUAAAAACAACUUUACAAACAAAUAAAUUAUAACUAACUUAUAAUUUUACUAUCGACUACGAAUAUUGCAGACUAUCUACCUAUACUACGAAUUAUAAAUCAACUAUAAAAUAUGUUUUUGUUACACAGAUUUCUGAAAAAUAUGACUAGGCCCCUGCCAACUAAGUCUCUGGAGUCGCCCCUGUUUGUUGACAAGUUAAUUUAACUUAUUAAUCACGUAUUAAAAAUAUUAGAAUUUAUUUACUAACUUAUUUCUGUUUCUGAAUAUAUUGGACGGACAAUAUUUAGCAUUUCCCAUAUGCACCAGUGUAUCGAUAUAAAUGCUUCGUAUUAAACGUCAAUAACCAUAAUAAUAUUUUUUGUAAAACGUCUAAAUCGCCUGUACUUACAAAUCGUCGAGUAUACAUUUGCCCCGUUUAUUGCUAUCAAUAAUUUGAAUGUCUUGUAUAGAAAUGAUUUAAUUGUAAACGUUUAAACGAAAACGAUAAAAAUUGCAUACGAUUUAACCUUUAUACCAGCGGUUCCCAAACUUUUUUCAUUCAAGGCUCUCUUAUAAUAAAAAAAAUGUUUUCACGCCUCCCGCUAAGAAUAUUUAAUAAAAUAGGUUAACGAUUAUUUAUUAUUUAACAGUAAACUUAUUAUUUUAUUUUAUACAAAAUAAUUAAUGCGAACAAUGUGCUUGUUUUUUGUUUAUUAAUUUUUCAAAAUUAGGAAUUAUCGUAGUUACUGCAACAUGCAUUUCUUUUUCCACAUUGAGUCUGGACCGAUAUUUUGAUUUUAAUUCGGCUACUGCUGAAAAUCCUGCUUCACACAAAUACGAUGUGGCCAAUGGUAUUAAUAUACCUAUAGCUUUGUUGCUAACUUCAAGAUAUUCAUCUUUAAUACAGUUCCAAAAUCCUAAAAGUGAAUAUAAAGAAAAUUGCAUUCGUAGUGAAAAAUCGGGUGGAUAAGCUAAGAUAAUCGUUUCUAUAAAAUUGUUAUCAGACACAUAAUUGAUCUAAAAAUAACUCUAUGUACAAAAUUCUAACCGCGCGCCGCGCCUCUCUUGUUAAGUGCUCGCGCCUCCUUUGGGUGGCGUGUCACACAGUUUGGGAACCGCUGCCCUAUACCAUAAAGCAGUGGUUCUUAACCUGUGGUCCGCGGCCCCCUGGGGAUCCGCGAUACUCAUGUCGUGGGUCCGCUGCAGUCUUAACACCUAACUUAAGUCAAUACGUGACAUAAGUGCAUUAUUACAAUAUUUUUGUAUUAUUAUUUUACUUUUUUUUGUAUAAAAUGUAUGUAUUUUAUAUUAUAUUGUAAGAGAUAAACCUAUCUUAUCUAUCUUUAUUACACCGAUGACAAUGGAAUCCGAUACAAUGAAGUAUCUAAACCUAUUAAUUUUAUUAUUAAUAUUUAUUUAUCAGUUUUUUUUGUUCAUACGAAUUGUAUAGGCGUACAGCAUUUUGGUCGGCAGUCGAAUAUUUACUACCAAUAAGUGCAGUUGAUCGAUUGUACUCAAUUAUAGUUUUAUACCUACAUAAUUUAGAAUUAAUAAGUGAUAUUUUUUCAAAUCAUCGUAAAGACAUUUAAGUUAAAAUGGAACGUUGACUAAAUUUAAAAAGGAAGAAUUCUGACGUUUAUGAUGAAAAGACUCCGUGUAUGAAAAGAGUAAGAAGCUGCAAAUAGCUUAAAUAAAAUUGUAUUGCCAAAUGAUACAAUAAAAAAAUAAAUUGAUGGUUUAUAAGGAAAUAUUAAAGAACAGUUGUUGAAAAGAAUUAAUAAAAGUGACUAUUUCAGUCUCCAACUUGAUGAAAGUACCGAUAUAACUAAUAAAUCAGUAUUACUGCGUUAUGUAAGAUACGAAUACGAAAAUGUAUCUAUAAUUUGUAAUAUAAAGUAAUUAUUAUAAUUUCAGUUAGGAUAACAUGAGAUGUUUUGGAAAAAAAAAAAGGUAUUUGACAAAAAAUUGUUAGGGGAUCCGCGAUUUCUAAAAAUCUUUCAUCGGGGUCCGUAUUCUACAAAAGGUUAAGAACCGCUGCCAUAAAGCCUAUACACAUAGCCGACUAAUGGCGAGUGGCGACUAAAGACUUAAAUCCGCGUUCCGGCGUUCGAAUAAUUAUUGUACCGUUUCUUAUUAACGUAUCAACAGUAAAAAAUAGUGUGUGGGUUUUACCUUCUAUAAUUGGGCGGUAUUUUUCUGCACGUUAAACCGAUAAAGUGCGCGGUGUUUUUCUACCCAACAUUUUUUUGUGGCGUCGAAAUCAUUAGUUUUUGGAUGCAACCUAAUAACAAGCCGUAAAACUAGUAUUUAGUCUAGUAUUUCAAUUGUUAAAUAUAAGUAUAUAAUAAUCCAUACUUGAUUUUUAUUUCGGAGUCGUAAAAUUAAUAUUUUUACUCAUAAACCUCUCGUCUCGGAUUUCGAAUUGUUUUCCAAUAAUUCAAAGCUUCAUACUAUUUUGUGUGGCAAUUUCGGUGUAUUAACUAUUAAUACAAUAAAUCCAGUUUUCGAUUUUUAUUGAACACGUUUUUAAGUAAUAUUUAUGUAUGUUUUUCGGUUUUAUAAUUAAAAAUCUAUUUUCUAAUGAAUUCGUUUAUUAUAUUCGUCUAUCAUAUACUUCCGAACUAUCCAUUCCUUACUUAAUAAUUACCGAACAGAUAAACAUCGUCAUAACUGGUACUUUACCCAAUCAAAGAGAGUUAAGACCUCAGUCACGAAUUUGUUAUUCGGAAAAUAUUGUUUUUCAUCAGAAUUAAAGCGUGCACCAUUUACGAGUUUUUUUUUUUUUAUAGACGCGUAUCGGACCCCAGCAAAAAUCUUGGCACUUACGCUUUCCGUUUACCCAAGGACAGCGUGAAGGGCAUUUGGAUCAGUUUCGAAGAACCGGAAACGGCAAAACAAAAAGCCACGUACGUGAAAUCAAACAAUUUGGGCGGUUUGGCAUUAAUGGAUCUGUCCUUGGACGACGCUAGAGGUCUUUGCGACGCAAAUAAAUUCCCCAUAUUAAAAGCCGUAAGGAACAUUUUGUAAUGAAUAGUACUACUUUCAUACAUAAAAGGAAAUCUAUUUAAUUUUUAAGCACAUAUUUCGCAUAUUUUGUACCGUUGAAAGUAUAUGAUUAUUUUAUAACGGAAACAUAUCAUCGUUUUUUGAUUGAUUGAUUAAAAAAAAAAUCUAACAAUUUCAUUUCUCGAACAAUUAUUAAAACACAUUGCUUUUUAUAUCUAAUAUUAAUAUUAUAUACAUAUUAAAUACUGUAACAAAUGUAUGCUCUCAAUAAAUAUUUUUUUUUUUUUUGAUAUUCCUGUUUUAAUUGUGUAUUUUUAUUGUGUUAUAUUCUACAUUUGGUUUACAUUUUCAAA